AUGGUUUACGGUUUGGGAUCUAAUUAUUACGGAUCUCUUGGUUUGGGACACAAUCUAUACGUAAAUGAAAUCCAAGUGAUCGACAGAUUGUGUCACAAGAAUAUCACACAAUUCUUCAAUGGAAGGGACUUUGUGUUAGCCCUCACUCAACAUAAUUGUCUCUAUGGUUGGGGUGAUAAUGAUGAGGGACAGUUAGAGGGACAGGUGUUUAGUUGGGGUCGAAAUAGUUUCUAUAAUUUGGGACACAAUUCAUCGGAUAAUAUAUGGGAACCACAACUCAUUGCAGACAUGACUGGAAUUAAGACUAUCUGUUCCGCUGGUGUUGUUUCCGAAGUGAGUCAAUACAAGCGUUUCUACGAAGAGUUGCAUUCAUUAGGUUCGGGAGCUUUUGGGGAAGUGCUGAAAAUUUUCGGGAAUGUAUGCAAGAAAUGCAAAAAUUGA